CUUUACCUGGCUGAGCUUCCACCCAGCAUCUCAUUACCUUUCCAACACAAUCCAAAACUGAGGCUCAUUGUGUCCUGUAAGAUCCAGCAGUCAAGGUGUUUCUCUGUAUUUGGCUUCACUCAGAAAACGACAAGGAGCCAUGGCCGUGGCUAAUUUCCAGUACAUUACUCGGAUGAGCAGUGGCUUCAAGGUCUACAUUUUAGAAGGGCAGCCCCAUCUCAGAAGCGAAGACAGGUACAGACACAUGACAAAUGACCGGGCACGAGUCCCAACAGUGUAUCCAAUCAAACGCAAGCGCAGCCAUGAGAGAGGCCUGACACUGGAGGCGAGGCGAGAGCGGGCACUGAGCAGAAGCAGUGGUAAAUCUGCCCAGAGAGCGGCACCUGCGCCGGCGGCGUUUAACAGGCCACAGAGCCCCACAUCUACUGGAGUCUGCAGUCCAACACCUAGCCCCACCAGCCCUCUGCCCACCCAUGUGUACUACACACCAGUCAUGGAUGAACCACUUGCCCUCAUCAAGAAACCAAGAAAAGACCCUGAAAGCACGGAGGACAAGACUAAAAGCUCAGUUACCACUCAAAUCCAGAUGCGUCCCUCUGUGAUCACUUGCGUCUCCUCAUCAAGAAACCCCUCCUGCAGAUCCGAGGUCCACAGGGGCCCCUCAUCAGUGAUUUCCAAAAGUAACUACGACCACGUGGUUGAGGAGCACUUCCAGAGAAGCCUCGGAGUGAACUACCAGAAAGCUCGCUCCCAGCAGCUAUCCAUCAGCGUGUCCGUCGAUGACCACUUUGCCAAGGCUUUGGGAGACAAGUGGCUGCAGAUUAAGUCUAAGUCUUCCUCCUGUUCUUCCACCCCUCCCAGCAGUCCAAGUGUUACUCACUCCCCCACCUACAGCCACAGCCCAAAUCAGUCCCACAAAGAGUCCACCUCAUCGCCAACUUCCAGCCACUGGUCUGUCAAUUAAAGCAGAAGUGACCUCUGAUAUGGGAAGAAACUGAACUUUGUGACUUUUAACAUUUCACUGCGUGCAGCUCAACUUGUUGAGCAAUGGAAAUGCCAGCGCUAGUGCUGAGAGGGCGCGCUAACAGAUGCAGGAGUGCUGUCACUUUGGACCUCUGUGUGUCCAAAUAUAAGACACACUGACGCAGACGAAUGUAGCAUGAAUUGGGAUGUCCUUGUUUUGUUACAUUUCUAUCCUCAGCUUGUCGAUAGCCUCUGAGUUACGUAGAUGGUGAUGUGGGAUGAUUGAAAAAUCAGCCAAAUAAUCCUUCACAUUUCUUUGAUUUUGUGUCAUUCUUUCAAUUCACUCUGAAUGCCACGAUUUCUACUGUAUUAUAUUUAUAUUCUGUUACACUUGGGUUCUUUAUAGUCUGAAUGACUAGCCUAUCUGCUGUAUGAUAUUAUGCUUAUAAGCUGUACACAGAACAAAGACAUUUAAUAAGACUUUGAUAUAAUAAAAAUCUCAAAAAUC